AUCUACCUUCUGGAAGAUUUACUACAUAUUGAAUUACCCAGAAUGAUUUACACAAAGCCACAGAUUCUAAAGCCAUCGAGAUGUGACGUCCUCGUGAUGACUCCAUGGUUUGCUCCAAUAGUUUGGGAAGGGACCUAUAACUCCGAAAUCCUGAAUGAGCAGUUCCAACAAAGGAAUGUCACUGUUGGACUGACAGUGUUUGCUAUCAAAAAGUACGUAGUCUUCCUCAAGAAAUUUUUAGAAACUGCAGAGAUGUACUUUAUGGUUGGACAUAGGGUGAACUAUUACAUUUUCACAGACAGACCAGAAGAAGUUCCUAAAAUUGCACUCAAAGAAGGAAGGAAUAUAGUGGUUCUGCAAGUCCAAAAUUACCCUAGGUGGCAAGAAAUCUCUAUGCGACGAAUGGAAAUGAUCAACUACUUCUCUCAGCAGCAGUUCAUUAAUGAGGUCAGCUACCUUGUGUGUGUUGAUGUAGACAUGAGGUUUAAUGACCAAGUUGGAGUGGAGAUCCUGAGCAACUUGUUUGGCACACUACACCCAGGUUUCUACGCCGCAGAGCGUCAGUCUUUCACCUAUGAACGUCGACCUGUUUCUCAAGCUUAUGUGCCCAGAGAUGAGGGUGACUUCUACUAUGCCGGAGGCUUUUUUGGAGGAACAGUAAUGGAGGUUUACAAACUGACCAAGAAAUGCCAUGAAGCUAUCAUGGUGGACAAAGCCAAUGGAAUUGAGGCAAUCUGGCAAGAAGAGAGUCACUUAAACAAGUAUUUUGUUUACCACAAACCAACCAAAAUACUUUCUCCAGAAUACCUGUGGGAUGACAAUCUAGGUAGGCGAGAGAUCCUUAAGAAAAGAAGGUUUCUUGCUGUACCAAAGAACCAUGCUGCAAUCAGAAAUAAAUGAAGUUUAUCUCAGACUGUUCUUAGUACGAACUAAUAUGACUGAUAUUGUAGGUUUCCUUGAUGAAAAUAUACAGACAAUUGGUAAAGCUCUGUAACUUUUUUUUGACAACCCCAGUAUUUCUGGAUAUGGGAAUGGUUUGCAAGAUGACACUAUGUUACCAUUAGGAUAGUUUGCUGAUUCCAACCAUUUCCUUGCCAAAAAUAUAUUGGUAUUUCUCUGCAAUAGACCUGUACCAGCACUAGGUUGUGUCUAGUGUUGGGGAAAUAUAGAGAGACUUGUAGAUUCAGAUGCUUAUUCAAACCACUCUUGGCUGGACAUCUGAUGCAAAGAAGCUUUCAUGAGACUUCCAAUGCUUCCUGGUUUU